AUUGCAGGACCGGGACACUCGACCUGCUCGAUAAACUGUUACUAGUCUAUGAAAUCAAAAUACCCGAAAACGCUUUUUUUCUGUUGAAAUUUAAAUCAAAGUCCCCAGUGUCCAAAACAUUAGGCUCAAGUGCAAAAACAUCGAUUGAAAUGGGACUGAAUUCCAUAUAUAAUAUGAUGGAGUGGAUAAAACGUAAAAUUUCUGUAUUUUUUCCCCGACGAUUCUUCACAAUGAUGAAUUCUCCCAACCCAAUAUGAGGAUACCUCUUGAAUAAUAAUAAACCAAUGGAGAUCAAUGGCGGUGUUUUUGGUCUAUAUGGUACGUGGAGCGUCCACCUGUUAACUCACGUUCCACUGCGUAAUUAAUUGGCAGGUGGAUGGCAUUUUUGAUGCUGAUGAUCUUCAAAAUGGAGUCCAGGGCGUAAUGGAACUCGCUGAUGAGUCAUCGCUGCCCUCCGAAAGCUGAUCUCUUUCAGCUUUAAUAGUGUCACGAGUGUGCUGAACAAGGACUGAGUGUUGGUGCUUGAUUGAGCAUAGACUUCUGGAAUUAGUGACAGGUGCCAGAUGGUGGACAGGACCUCCAAUAUGGGCUCCGAAAUGAGACUGUGGACUUGGAUGGUGCUACUUGUUUGUCUGACCCACAACUACUGCACAGUAUCUGGCCAAGACACACCCAGCUGUCAGAACAGUGCUUGCUAUCCCCCUUUCAUCGACCUCAUCCAGGACCUGCCCAACAGAACGGUCACCGUCACCUCCACCUGCGGCACCCCGGCCAGUGACUACGAGUUGCGGUUUGUUGGCUCCGAGGGGGAUGGGUACCAGCGUCAGACUUGCAACGCAACUGAUCCCGAAAAUGCCCACCCAGCAGCCGCACUGUACGAUGCAGUCACGUCCUUCUUCCUCUUGCGGCCUGACCUCUCCACGUGGUGGCAGUCAGCGAGUGGAGACAGGGAUGUGCAGCUGACACUGAUGCUAGGUGACAGGUUCCUCUUCCAGGGGACCACGCUGGUAUUCCGCAGCCUGCGGCCGAAGUCACUCUUCAUCGAGAAGAGCAACAAUUUUGGCCAGGCCUGGCUGGCCCUUCAGUACUAUGCCAUAAGCUGCAGCCAGACAUUUCCAAGUGUUCCCGUCGUGGAAGGCGCGGUGAAGUACCUACCCAUCUGUGAGGAGAAAUAUGUCGUUGGGGAUUCUUCAACAGAAAUUCCCAACAGUGAUAUUCAACAGGUGCAAUACAAUCCGGCUCAGAAACUCGGAAUGGAGUUCUCCCAGGAGGCGGUCAUGCGCUACUUCACCAUCACCAAUAUCCGCAUCACCCUGGGGCUACCAGGCAGUCAGACAGUGUUGCGGAACUACUUUGCUGUGGCCGACUGGGAGGUCAAUGGCCAGUGCCUGUGCUUUGGCCAUGCUGAGCAAUGUCAGGGAGAGGAUGCUUCAGAGUGUGUCUGCCAGCACAACACAGCCGGCCGCCACUGUGACCGCUGCCUACCGCUGUUCAACAACAAACCCUGGCGGGCCGCCGUGCCUGGACCAAACUCUGCAAAUGCUUGCGAAGAGUGCGACUGCAACGGCUUUGCCAGCAGCUGCGUCUACGAUGCAGUCAAGGGCUAUGGUGUCUGCCAGAACUGCGCAGAGAACACCGGUGGAGACAACUGCCAACGCUGCGAUGACAACUACUUUAGAAACCCCUACACAGACCCCACAAACAACGACACAUGCAUCGAUCUAACAGCACCAUACCCAUGUAGUCAGUAUUGCUGGCCAUGCAUGUGUGAUGUGAAUGGCACCCAGUCCAAUACCAUCUGCAACGAAACAAACGGCAGCUGCACGUGUAAGCUGAACGUGCAGAACGUGCUAUGCGAUGAGUGCAAAGACACCUUCUUCAAUCUCAGCGCCCUGAAUCCAGACGGCUGCCAACCUUGUGACUGUAACUCUGUCGGUUCCCUGGGCUCCACCAACUUCUGUGACAAAGUGAGCGGGCAGUGCAUAUGCAAGGCCAACGUGGAGGGCAGCAGGUGUGACACCUGCAAGACCGGCAGCUACAACCUGGACGCGGCCAACCCAGACGGCUGCACGCUUUGCCGCUGUGGCCUGGGUGCGUCACUGAGUGGCCUGUGCAACCCGGACACUGGGGCCUGUGCCUGCCGCACCAACAUCACAGGUCGGGGGUGCAAUCAGACCUUCCCCGGCUACUAUGUCCCUAAGCUGGAUGGGAUGACAUUUGAAGCUGAGCUAGCAAUUGCGGAUAAAGACGUUACCAUGGAGGAGAGGCCCACCGAUACAGACACAGCAAGGCAUACUGGCCGAGGCUUCCUAGCAGUACCUGUCUUGACAGUGGUCAUAUUCUCCAAUGUGACGGUUCCCCGCACACAAGCCUUUGAAGUGGUGUUGAGAUAUGAGAGCACUUCAGAUUUCCCGGGUGUUCGCAUUGAGUUGGCCCAGCUAGUGCCUACGGAGUAUGAGUGUCAAGGAACCAAUAUGUCUGGUGACCCAAUAUCGUUUGUGUCCAACAUACAAGCGGCUGGAGUUGGAGGUUCCUUGCAGUUUGGGUCCGCCUGUUUAAAUGCAGCAAGCCGUUAUAACAUCUCAGUGGUCAUUGGUUCAUCUGUCAGCGGUCCGUCUGCCACUGUUCUUCUGGACUCGGUUGUCCUCUUACCUGUUUUGGAGGACCUAGAUGUCUUCACCUCUGACAUGACCUCUAACCUGACCCGCCAGGCCAUGAGAACCUGCUGGGAGGCAGCUGUCUCAGCAAGGUCAAGGGUCACAGUGAACAGAGGAGAAUGUGCCCAAUAUGAGUUUGCCAUAAUGGCUGAAGUUUACAAUGGGGCUAUUGCUUGCUCGUGUAACGAUGCGGGAACAGUGCCUGGUACAGUGUGCGACUUACACAGUGGCCAAUGCCAGUGUGUGCCAGGUGUGACGUCACAGUCAUGUGACUACUGCAAAGCAUAUCACUACGGUUACAACACAGCGGCUGGCUGCACACCUUGUGCUUGCGACAUCAACGGUGCUGUCCUGCAGUCCUGCAAUGACAACACCGGAGUGUGCGACUGCCACGCAAAUGUGGUCGGGGACAAAUGCAAUGCCUGUCUGGCUGAACACUAUGGCCUCUACACUGGCACUGGCUGCGUCCCCUGCAUCUGUGCGGCCAAUUACUCCCUGGACAAUGCCUGUGAUGAUACUGGCCAGUGUAACUGCAAGCCAGGCAUCGGAGGAUUGAACUGCUCGCAGUGUGCACCAGGUUAUUACCAGCUGACAACAGACGGCUGCACCUUCUGCGGGUGUGAUCCUGUGGGGAGUGCUCAGAGUGGCUGCGAUGACGCAGGCAACUGCUUGUGCAGGGAGGGCACCAUGGGAGACAAAUGCCAAGUAUGCAAAGAAGGUUUCUACGGCUUUGGGCCCUGGAGCGAGCGCGGCUGUGCCGGCUGCUACUGCUCCUCACACAGUGCGCAGUGCACCACUGCCUCGUCCUGGUUCCGGGCCCAGAUCGCCAGCAGUUGGUCGCUGCUGAACUCUGGGGCAGUGGACCCCCGUUGGACUGGGGUGACCGGCAGUGGGGCAAUUGUUGAGCUGAAUGAGGUGCCUAUUCUGGAUAUUUCCAAUCCCAGAUUGAUUCUUGAACUCAUUGCACCAACCAACGCCACGGAUUUCUUCUUUGCCUCGCCUGCCAUCUUCCACGGUGACUUCAGGACUGCCUACGGCCAGUCCUUGACCUUCUUCCUCAGCCAGUCGACUGACCAGGGCCCCUUUGUCAAUCCCGCCGGGGAUGUCUUCAUCGAUGGCAUUUAUGCGAAUGAGACACUGGUUGCUGCGCUUCCUUAUGCACCCAAUACAGAUAUGAAUGAGACAGAGUACCAGUUCAAGCUGCAUGAGAAUUACUGGCGCAAGGGCAGCCUGCAAGGGGACCAGCCAACUGCCGAAUACAUGAUCAGGAUAUUAACCGGUAUCCAGUCCAUCCGCAUCAGGGCCAAAUACAAUGCGCUGCCCGGGGAGUCAGUGUUCCUGUACAGUGUCAUGCUGGACUAUGCCACACAGGGGGACGGUUCAAUAACAGGGGACUCUGCCAACUUUGUGGAGAAUUGCACCUGCCCUGCUGAGUACAUGGGAUUGUUCUGCGAGAGCUGUGCCCCGGGCUACAAACGAGCCUCCCUGGACUUGGGCCCCUUCUCCGACUGUGUGCCCUGUGAAUGCAAUGGCCACAGCGACCUCCCCUGUGACCCAGACUCCGGGGUGUGCCAGGGCUGCCGGGACAACACGGGCGGGGAAUUCUGUCAGCUGUGCUUGGAUGGUUACUUUGGCAAUGCCACUAAUGGCACUCCAGGAGACUGCCAGCCCUGUAGGUGCCCCGGACCCACCGGCAGUGUAAACUCCUUCGCCCCAGUCUGUGACGACAACGGUGUCUGCAUCAGCUGUGCAGAGGGACACGGUGGGGACUAUUGCCAGAUGUGUGUAACUGGAUAUUACGGCAUGCCGACCGACUCUUUGACCAACAGCGGUCGGUGUGUACCGUGCUCCUGCAACCUCAGCCCUGGCCAGUGCAACACUGUCACCGGCGAGUGCCUCAACUGCACGGGUAACACCACCGGCCACACCUGCGAUGUCUGUGACUUUGGCUUCUGGGGGACCAUCGACAACUGCCAAGCUUGUGACUGCGAUCCGCUCGGCGGCUUUGGCAACUGCAGCCAAGACAUCGGCAUGUGUUCCUGCUACCCCAAUGUGGUCGGGGACCGGUGCACGCAGUGCGCUGCCAACACGUGGGGCUUUGCCAGCGGCGCUGGCUGUACAUCAUGCGACUGCCAUCCGGUGGCGACAGCGAAUCAGCAGACGCAGUGCAAUCUGUUGACAGGUCAGUGUGAGUGCAAGCCUCGGGUCACCGGUCAGAAGUGUGACCAGUGCCAGCAGGGAUACUGGAACCUAGACCAAGAAUGCAUACCUUGCCAGUGUAAUCUCGAGGGCACUGCCCUGGACACCUGCACAGACAGCGGCAACUGCACCUGCGACCUCUUGACCGGUCAGUGCAGCUGCAAAAUGGAGACCAUUGCUGGACGGACGUGCAACAGGUGCGGGCGCAUCGAAGAAGACGGGUCCGAAAUAGUCACUGAAGUUUUUGUUGGUGCUUUUCCAAAUUGUGAGCCUUGCCCGGAGUGCUUCCAGAACUGGCGCCAAGUGUUUGAGAACAUGGCAACCCUAUUCAGAGAGCAGCACAGGACAGUCAGAGGACUUUUAGAUAAUUAUGGCAAUCUGACUGUACCAGAGGUAGAUUACAUGCUGGACUUCAUCCGGAGGAACCUGAGCAGUGCUGCAGUGGCCAUUGAGGUGGGAACCAGGGAAAUCGUGGAUCUAGAAUACAUACAGGUUGGAUUUCAACAGAUUUCGGAUGAAGUAGACAACUUCACCGAUUUGGUGACGGCCAUUGAGUCCAAUCGGUUGGAGCAGGCCUCCCGAUUAGGCACUGUCCGUCUCUUCGCUGGCAGCGUGGUGGUGGGGGAUGGCGCAGUCAGGAAUGCCCAGCAGCUGCGGCAGGACCUCAAUGCCCUGAGCAGCACCCAGGCCACGCAAUUCCAACUUGGGAACGGCACCUGGAUGGAUAUACAAGACAUGUAUACAGCCAUUGAGGUCUCAGAACAACACAUUCAGCAGCUCCUGCAAGAUGUUAAUAGACUCCUGCAGGACACUGAGCUUGCAGCAGCGGAACGCUUACAGGCUACUCAGAUACUCAACGAUGGCAACCGGGGUGUCGAGUACAACCAGAACUCGGCCCGCCUGGCCCAGAUCAGCGCCGUCCAGCAGGCCUACCCGCUGGCCUCCACUGCCCAAAAUGCCUCGGCUGCCCGGCAGGUGGCCCUGGAGGUCAACGGGACCAUGCAGGGGAUCCUGGACGGCGUGGUGUCCGUCCGAGGUCAGGCUGAUGCCCAGGCCUAUCGGAGUGAGGUGGCCAGGUUUAACGUCACCAAUGCUGAGGAUGCAGCUAGGCAGGCCCAGUCUGCAGCCAUGAGCUAUAAGGACAUUGCCUUGUCAACCAAGGCCAACAUGACCAGCCUCUACAUCCAAGCCAUAGACACCCUCGUUGCCCUACGGGAUGCCCAGGCGCGCAGUGAGGAGGCUAGGGCGAUUGCCCAGGCCAUCCAAAAUAUGACCGUCCGCCCCUCCACCGAGAUGGGCCAGCUGGUCAGCCAGAUCAAUGUAGCCUCACUGACCACCUCGGUGGUCGAGAAUUUGCUCCAGGACGCCACCGAUAAAUUUGGACGGGCAGAGCAGACAAGGGUGUCUGCUGCAUCAGCACAGCAGGAGGCAGAGUCUGUUGGUGCCCAACUACAGACCAUCGAGUACGAGUUGACGGAAGCGGAGAGAGUGAGAACAGAGACCACACAGCGGCUGAUGGAAACUGACAAUAACAUCACCAGCAUCAGCUCAACAGCCAGCCAGGUUCAGCAACAAGCCAAUGAAGCCCUUGCCAGCGGGCAGCAGACCUCGGUGGCCAUCUCCACCCUUCUGGGAGGAGUGCGGUCCACCGCCCAGUGCUUCAGUGCCAGGAGGAACCAGGCAGAGGACGCGGCCAACAGGGCUAGCCUGGCCGGUACCCAGGCCAGCACGGCCCAACAGACAUACGAGUCCAGUGCAGAGCACACCGCCGCCCUUGUUCCUCAGAUAGCAGCAGCUAAGGCACAGUCUUCCUCCAACCUGAGCCAGGUCCAGGCGGUAGCCGACGAUGCAGAGCGGCUCCAAGGUGACUUAGUCACCGUGCAGCAGAUGGCCGAUCUGGAUGCCUUGAUGACACAGUACAUGACCCAACGCCAGCAAAUGGAGGAGCUGUCCGCCAAGCUGGAGGGACUGGAGACAAGUCUAGAUGCCAUCUUGACCAAUCUGGAUGGUGCAGCAGGAGGUACCCUACAGUGCAACUAGUAGACACAACAUUUCCAACCUUACUUAAGGUUGUUUCUUAGAAAACUAGCAUGGUGCUCUAACCUUUGCUACAUAGCGCAUCAGUAAGACAUUAGGGUUGAUUCCGCUCAUCCCCCAAAACUUGGCCGUCCAGUGCCCAAUCUUUUCGAAAACUUGACAUUAGAGACACUCAGUACAAUUACAUCUGGAAGUUUUAAUUCAAUUUGACCUUGGCUUGUACUGUUGUGGUCAUUUGAAAUUCAUGAGCUCCUCACGGCCUGCAUAGGAAGAGUACGUCAGUGCAAGAAAUUUACUUUCGCCUGGCAUGUCUUGGACAAUUGCCGUUUCUUUUCUGAUAAAUCUGGUUCUUAAAGUCGAAGACAAGGACAGUGGUCUGCAAACCCCUUGAAAAAUAACCUUCUGUAAUUUCUUGCUACAAUUAUAGUAAUCCAUGAUUAAUGUGUACUUGAAAGUUAGUCCUGAUUGUGUUUGUUGUUCCUAAAAUUUCUUUGAUAGUUUUGUCGUCUUCAGGAUUUACAUGUGUACCAUCAUCGGGUUAUUUCUGAAGUUUGAAUGAAUUCAUAUUAUAAACAUUUUGUUCAGCACUUGUCAACUUUUUAAGUAGAUUUUUAAGACAUUUUUAACUUUCUGUUUUUUUUCGGUCUCAAGAGUCUUGUUUCAAUAUGCAUUUUGUGUCUAUCUCAUUUGUGAUCAGUUCCAUCAAAAUGAGUCGUCAGUACUUUUUUCUUUCAGCCUGUUUUUUCAAGUUUUUUUACUCUCGGCUCUUGACAUGUGACCCAUUUUGGAAAUCUGAGAAAUCAACAGAAGUUCCUGGGUGAAAUGAACCACCGUUCCUAGUGGUAUCUAUUGUACAAGCUCUCGGCAAGAAAUAUGCUCAGAGUAGCUUCAAAUAACUUUGGUGACUUGUGACUCAUUUUGUGAGGUUGGGUAACUUUUAAUGUAAAUAUGAGCUUAAUAGGAAUUGAAGAUUUGAAAAAGCUGUUCAUACUUUGUAAGAUAAAUUAUAUAUUUGCUGUGAAACUAUUUAUACAGAAAUGCCCACUGAUACCUUUUUUUGGUCGUCAUAUUCAUUUUUACAUCCUUUUAAAAAGAAAUUUCUAACUUGAAGCUGUCCGUUUGGUUACUGUGUGGAAACAUUAUUAACCUUCUGCACGAUGAAGAAGUAUGAUGGUUGUAACAUUUGCAGUAUCUAAUCAAUUUCCAUAGUUUGUAAUUAGGCAAUAAAUAUGUGCUUGCAACCAAGCACAUUUGUUUUCCCCAUUCCUAAAUAUGUUUUUUUGUCAGAGAGUCAGAAGAAAUCAAUAUACGAUAAAUUUCCAAGGAUUUUAUCCAAGAAUUUUACUUAUUUUCCCAAACACCCCCAUCCAUUUUCUGGUACAUUCCUUGUGCAAGUAGGGCAGAAGACUCUCCUUAUUUAGCGCGCGCGCACAUGGCGAGUUCCGCAUGCUGCGAGCACACAGUCUCGACUAAAAGAAAUGAAUUAAACUGUCUCGUAUUCAGGUGCCGCAGUGGGCAUUAUCAAAUGUUAUUACACGGUGAUGUUGCACAUUCUAGACUUGGGAAACUAAAGGUAUUUAUGAAUAAACAAUAUCAUUUUGGCAAGGUCCAUUUUUAAAGUAAACUCAAUUUUGGGGGGGCUUUUAGGUGACAGCUUAGUAGUAAUUUUCCUCAAUGUUUGGAUUCCUAAUAAAUCAGUUUGUCCAUCUGCACUAUAAAAACGA